AUGAAUAACCCCGACGACCACUAUUCCGCCACCACCACCCGUCCCCCAUUCUCUCCGUCGCCGGCUCAAGAGAUCGUCCCAAGUUUCGGCACUCAGAGUGCCGCCGGAGACAUCUUCCGGACCCCAAAUAAUCCCCACCUGAAACCCAGAAAGAAGCGAACGAAAUUAAUGAGAAUCGAGAACCCGCCGUCAAUUGGGGCGAGUUCUAGCAGCAGCGCUGAUGGCGUCGCGGCCAAGUCCAAGUCCGGGAAGAAGCCUGAUCCCGACGCUCCCAAGAUCACUCGCCCCUGCAGUGAGUGCGGUAAGACGUUUUGGUCGUGGAAGGCUCUCUUCGGCCACAUGCGCUGCCACCCAGAACGCCAGUGGCGUGGGAUCAACCCUCCGCCCAAUUUCCGUCGGCCCCCGCCAACGGCGAACGCUGAAGCAGGGAUGACGACCGACGAGGACCACGACGUCGCGGCAUGUUUGUUAAUGCUUGCCAAUGCGCCUCGCGCUUUGGACUCCCUGGAUCGUGCUACCACUAGUACUGAUCACGGCCCGUUAGAAUCCGGUACGACAGUUAGGGAUGCGGUGACGGAUGGUUGCGGAGGCGGCGGUGCAGAAGCGGACGCAACUGGUCCAUCCGGUGCCAGUUCCCGGUUCGAGUGUUCGAGUUGCAAGAGAGUAUUCGGGUCCCAUCAGGCUCUUGGAGGGCACAGGGCUAGCCACAAGAAUGUGAAAGGUUGCUUCGCCAGCGCAAGGAGCGACAGUGAGGAAAUAGAUCACCACGGCGGCGAAGACGAGGAGAAGAUGAUGAUGGUUUUGGGGCACAAAUGCAGCAUUUGCUGGAGGAUAUUCUCAAGCGGGCAAGCCCUAGGGGGGCACAAGAGGAGGCACUGGGAGAAAUGUGGGGACGACCGGCAGCCGCCACCUGCUGCUGCUUGUGCAACCUCAAGGCAAAGUUGUGGCUUGGACUUGAACUUGCCAGCCCCAGUUGAUAAGGACGAUGAUGACUUGUCUUCAUCUUAUUCGUCAGGGGGGGUGAGCUUGGAUUUAAGGUUGGGUCUUUGA